CAUGUGGUGAAUAUUUUUUGAUCCUUUAUACCGACUAUACACAUUCUGCCUGGUCGACUUCGAUCUGCCGCUCUGCUUUUGCAGAUCAAAGGCCUGAACCACCUUGAAAAUGUCUUUGAAUAACACACGCCAGUGUUCCGAAAUACAUAUGAACUAUAGUUCAAAUGGCUGAUCGCGGUCGCGAAUGGCGCUUGCGACAUUCUCAUGAAACCAAAGCAUUAAGCUACGGUCACUUUGGGACCGCGACAUACGACAGUCGCACUCAGACUUGGUCUUUUCUGCGCCAGAAUUAUUUGCGACAGGACAACAAAGGUGACGGCUUCUGUCCAAACGCGACCGGAUUCUACCUUGUGGACGAACGAGUAGCAAUCGCGCAAGAAAGCACAAGCACUCGACUUACCGAUACACUCAACCUAUCGCGGCCUGUCGGAAGGACGGCCUUACUCAAGCAGAUCCCGGACGCAGCCUUUUUGCCGAGAUCCCUGUUUACCUCUCAAGUACUUCACGACGUUGAUUUUGACCGAACAGUCCUUGGUGAUACCCUGGCAUUAGGAACAGCCAGAGUCUCCUUACGGAAAUCGCUGCAGCAUGAUUCUCCCAGUUGCAUGGCCCUCGUUUUUCGAGCAGGACCAAGCGGUGACAUAUGUCUAACCGAAGUCGGUGGAGAGGAUAUUACUCUGUCUGUUGAACCUAACUCCGAAAUCAGCUGCAAGAUUCCAAGUGUUGCUUUAGACCGUGGAAGUCGCAUGAUUUCAACAGAACCUGUCCGGCACAUAUCCUCCGCUGGCACAUUGAGUGGCCGAUUUCUUGUUGUGAGGGACAGUGGAACCAGUGUUUUCGAGCUGCUCUGGAGACAAGGCCGUUUUGCUCAGGCAGAAACAGAUAAUUCUUCCCACAUAAAUGCCGCCUUCGUGGACCAUAGCCUACUGUUUUCCAUACCCUCGACGAGGACUGGUCAGGCCGCCCACGCCCACGCCUCGUUCCAAGCCAGUAGCCAAGAUAUACUCGCAAUUGUGGACGUCCGUGGUCAAUGGAGUAUUUGGGAGAUCCGCCGCAAAAGGUCAACAUCAGCUCCUGUACCGUACCACGCAAUUCUGAAAUGUUCAAAAAACAUCUCUGACGCCCUGUCUGAGCACAGUCUAUUCUUGGCGGACAAUUGGCAUAGGAUAUCCUGGUUGCCAGACGCUGGAGGAACUGGUCAGCGGAUUAUGGUCUGCAAUCGAAGAUCUGCGGUGGUCUUUGAUAGCGAUGGGACGUUUGAAGGUCAAGUGGACAUGCGACUUGGCCCGCAGUCGAAUGAGACCCAGAUCCUUGAUGUGAGGACAAGCAUUAUUCGGCCAUAUUUGGUUUUGGCUUUGACAAGCUCGCGAAUUUUGGUGUUCACAUCUCAGGGACUGGGACAGCAACAGUCUUCCAAAUAUGAACCUCUCAAACUGGUGUGUUCUUGGGCUCACUUCCGGCAUGGAAGCGAUCUUAAUCUGAGAAUGAGUGUUGUCGAGUUCGAGCAAGAUAUUUGUAUGCUGCUCUACUCACCGAGGAGUGAAAUUGCAGUAACGUACCAUUUCAGGCACGAACCUUUAGACCCAGAAACUGUGGCAUUUCAGGCUCCGGCGAUUUUCAACCUGCCAACCGAAAUUCGGAAGCGAAUGGGCAGCAUCACCGACAUAUCUCUCCAACCGAUUAAGUUAGACACUGACUUGGCCACGCCAAAGCCUUCAUAUCAUCUUAUGAAACUGGUUGCAUCAACCUAUCAGGGGACUAUUAUUGAGGCUGUGUAUAAACAUCAGUUUGCCCAGAGCGAGGGUGGACAAGCUAGGACUGAAAUUCCUAGAAUGUCAUUGCCUCAUAAAUCUGUUGUGAGCACAGCGCUCGUCGCUGUGUCGGACCUAGCAGACCUAGGAGAUUUCAUUGUUGGCGACGACGAGGAGGAACGACAGAGGCCCGAGAUAGAGGACACAGAGCAGAGCCUUACUCUAUCCGUCUCUCAGCCACCUUCUCAUACUCGUGAUUGGAGAGCAAUCUUCGAGUAUAGCCGGUUUCUUCCCCCAGACCAUGCUACCCUGCCAUUCGUGGAUACUUUGGGUAUGGCAAUUCGCCACUUUGAACGCUUGCAGCUACAGGAACGUCGUCGGCCGCUUCAAGUUCUUUCACAACUCGUCAGCCAGCAUCAGAUCAGUGACGUCGAGCAUGAUUCGGAAGCUACCACAAUGUGGACAGAAGAAUUAGCACGACGAGAUGAUUUGCGACUCGAUUCGGUAGGCCUAGAUGGCCUCUCCGCCUUGUCUUCUGAACAGAACUUGCUUUAUUUGUAUCAGCUGGGUUUGUUAACUUAUGUGGCAUCUCUUGGCGAGAAUGUUACCGACCGCAAUCGCGUCAACCGGGAAAGGCUUGUCCGUCACAUCGUAGGGGAUGUCUUUCUGGGAAACAUUGUCGUCAGAUCCAUCAACACUACGAACCAAUUUCUGGAGCCCGCCUUGCCAUCUUCUCCCCCUGAGCCGCUAUCUGACGACACACGAACCACGACUCCUCUGCCAGCGGCAACUCCGAGUCUAGCUGCCGAAGAGGAACCUACGGUGACCCGCCUUCGAAGCUACGUGUCGUUUCGGGAAAAGGUUUCUCCCUUUCAAGCUUCUGACCAGGAGAAUAUUUCCAACAUUCUAGCUCAUCUGCCGGACUCUAUCGAUGAAGCCCCUGCGAAUUACUCGUACCAGAACACAAAUCAAAGGUUGAAAUUGGUUCAAGAGGAAGCCGCAGCACAGUCGUUGGACCCAACAGAAAGGCGGAAGGCAGAGAGGCAAGCAGCUCGUUUGCAGAAAAAGCUAGAGAAGUCAAUACGACUUGGUCAGGAAAUUUUGUCACAGAGAAAUGUGCUCCCGGGCAUCAAUAGUAUUGGAAGAGGCGUCGGUAUGCCAGGCAGAGAGGUACAAAGUAGUCAGCCAGCCGUGGGUGGAUUCAGUCAAGGCCCUAGUCAGAGUCAAGGCAUCCCUGGGUUGACCAUGACACAACCAGAGCGAGGGGCUUUCGGUACGCGACCGUCCAAGUCGAAGAGUAAGGGGAAAGAUAAGGGAUCGAAGCGAAAAGCAGGCUUCUAGAAAUUCUCACAAUUACAGACAAGUAUGAGCUUUGUGCUUCCAAUGCAUGCCAAG